GGCUAUUGUAUCAUAACGUACGUAGGUCAGACGUCGAAGCGCGCCAACCAAAUUCAAUGGCUUUUGAUGCAUCRAAUCUUAMRAAACGAAAAUGAGGGAGACUAAAAUUAAAAUCCCUUUUUUCUUUUUUCCUGUUGAUACCGCUACCAGCURAUAGAAAUACCGCAACGACAAGAACCACGGGUGUAUUUGUGCGAUUGGUUCAUSCACACCUACAAAUAGAUAGAAAGAGAGAAAACAAUGAAAGCAAAACCAGACACAGYUAAUGCAACUGGAGGCGGCGGAAUGUCGCGGGCCGCGAAGAAACGAGCAAAGAAGAAAAAUAAAAAAUCGGAAGGGAAACGACCUGCAUCUGAUGASCAAGGCGACGGCGAUCUUUKUGGGAACAGUGGAUCRAUCGCUUUGUCCAAAAAGAAUGAAAACGAUUCAUCCGGUAACAAGAAAAGAAAAACAAURAUCGAUGGGAUUUCUUCAUCCGAUGUCGUUGACGUCUAUGAURAUACAUCAGGAARACCUGCUCCUGCAGCGGCCUCCCAGGCCUCGGCAACCAAGCAAAGCGUGAUGUUACCUCCCGAGAUUUCAAUUCCCGAAAUCCUUUUGAUGCAAGAAUGCAAAGAUGAAUCAGUAAGACAGCAACUGGAAUCUAUGACUGCCACAAAGAGAGCGGCUUGCCUGUUUCAGGCCAUUUUGGCGCCUAUCAGCCUGGAAGAAUUUUACAGRGACUAUUAUGAGAAGAAACCUUUAGUAGUGACGGCCUCGAAUAAAUCGAGAUUUAGUAACAUGCUUUCACUAGAAAGUAUUAAAACAUCGACGAAGAAGAAUUCAUAUUAUUACGGACGUGACUUGAAUAUUACCAAAUAUAAGAAGGGAGAGGAUGGAGUGAGACGUCGAAUCACCCUUGACAAAAUUGGUGACGACUGCGACGACCAGGAUGGCGACGAAUCAAAAGGGAUUGCGGUUGAGAGUUCAGAACUUUGGUCAAAUUACGAUCAGGGUUGCACUAUUCGAUUACUUUGUCCUCACAAGCACAAUGAUGUGAUUCAAUCGCUUCUGAGCACGCUGGAAGUUGAAUUUCAUUGCAUGGUUGGAGCAAAUGCCUACUUGACGCCGCCACGGUCGUCACAGGGUUUUGCCCCCCACUAUGACGACAUCGAUGCCUUUUGCCUGCAGCUCGAGGGAAGCAAACGAUGGAAGGUAUACGAACCAAAGGUGAAACUUCCACGAACUAGCUCGGAAGAUUUUACGUCAGAGGAUCUGGAGGGAAUGAAACAAGUCCUAGAUAUCACCCUGGAGGAAGGCGAUCUGUUAUACAUGCCGAGGGGAUGGAUUCAUCAGGCCUGUACUCUAAAAGAUAACAAACAGYAUUCACUUCACCUYACCGUUUCCUCAAUGCAACAAUGGGCGUGGGCAGACUUGAUGGAUAUUGUCGUGCCCGAAGCCUUGGCUGCCGCCUCGGAGAGCGAAACAUCCUCUAACCUACGAGAAGGAUUGCCAGCAGGCUUCAUGGACUACAUGGGAGUCCAGUACGAAGAAACCGAGGUGGACAAGCUUCCCGAAUCUCUCAAAAAGAGUGCGGCAGAGGAGAUGGCAKCCGACAAAAAAGUUCAGAUCCGGUCAUUGCUUCGGGAACAGUUCCGGGAAGAAGCGAAAGAACGAAUCAUGGAAAUCGCGAAAACCGCCUGCGAAAUGCUGGACGCGUCUUGCGACGAGAUGGCCAAGAGRUACAUAUCGGAACGGCAGCCACCCGCGCUGACCACCAGUGAGGUAGCACUCACCGCGCAGGGAGACGAAACGGCGGACGAUCGGCCGCUGCUUCCGAACUCGAUGGUUCGCUUGGUGCGCCCAGGGAUCGCGAGGCUGGUGAUCGAGGACGACAAAGCCGUCGUCUACCACUGCGCCGAUAACUCCAGGGAAUACCAAGGCAAUCCACUCAGUCCAUUAGAAUUUGAAAUGGACGAUGGUCCGGCAUUGGAGCAGCUUUUGACCACGGUGGAACCAAGGUGGAUUUUCGUGAAUGAUUUGUUUCAYGAUACCGUCGAGGACAAAAUCCAAAUAACUCAGGCCCUCUAUGACGAGGGGAUCAUUGCCGUGAAAGACGCCGAAGCCGAAUAAAUAGGCAACUUCAAAUAUCCGAUUCAUUUUCUUUGAAUGACGAAAAGCAUAAAUUCCAAAUUCUCUU